AUGUUGGUAGACAGCAUUGAGAAGCUGGGAGCCACUGCCUCUCACAGAUGCUUCUCUCAAGAUGCUGUGGAUCCCAAAUCCCGGGCCUAUGCUGACCCUGUCAGACUUGCAAAAAUGCCCUGGGUACGAAAUUCCUGGGUGCCAACCUGCCUAUGGCAACCUAGAAUUCUCCAGGGCAGGCUCGCAAAAUCUUCACCUACUCUCUGGGACAGUACUUUGCAAGAACAGAAGGGGGAAUUACGAAAGCGUCUAUCGUACACUACCCAUAAGCUGGAAAUGCUUGAAACGGAAUUUGAUUCUACACGUCAGUAUCUUGAAAUAGAAUUGAGACGUGCUCAGGAGGAACUUGAAAAAGUAACUGAAAAACUGAGAAGGAUACAAAACAAUUACCUAGCCUUACAAAGAAUUAAUCAGGAUCUGGAGGAUAAACUUUACAGAAUGGGUCAACAUUAUGAAGAGGAAAAACGGGCUUUGAGCCACGAAAUAAUUGCACUCAAUAAUCACUUAAUAGAGGCCAAGGUGACAAUAGAUAAGUUGUCAGAAGACAAUGAGCUCUAUAGGAAGGACUGCAAUUUAGCUGCUCAGUUGCUCCAGUGCAGCAAGAAUUACGACAGGGCACAUAAGCUUUCGGAGUUGCCAUCUGACUUUCAGGAAAGAGUCAUACUGGAAAAGCCAGAUCCAAACAGCUUGUCUUCACACUUGUCAAGCCCAUCUACAAGGGAUCUCAAUUUUCAGGACUCUGCUGGAAAACUUGCACAAAGGCCCCAGUACAAGUCGGACAUCUACUGCAGCGACACCGCCCUUUACUGCCCGGAGGAGAGGAGGAGGGAGAGGAGGCAGAGUGUGGACACACAAGUGAAAGAUGUGGGGUUCCUGAGGUCCCAGAACUCCACAGACAGCACUGUUGAAGAAGACGGUUUCCAUUCCAGCUUCUCUCACGAAGCCUUCCCGGAGUACAUUACCUCUCUGCCAACCUCCAGCUCCUAUUCCAGCUUCAGCGUCACAUCCGAGGAGAAGGAGAACGCCCAAGCCAACACUCUGACAGCCUCUCAGCAAGCGAUCUACAUGAGCAACCGAGACGAACUGUUUGAAAGAAAGUCACCUGCAGGUUAUGAGCAUCAGGGAAGUCCCAGGUUUGCCAAGUCCAAACCUGCACAGCACAUGGAGCUUGCUGACGACAAUGAGAACUCGCCCACUUUUACUAGGACUCUGCCUCCUUAUGCAAACGAACCUUUUCAUUUCUCAGCCAUAGCACCGCAGCAGGCUUUAGCGAAUCCGAAAAUGAGGAACGAGUGCAGGAGCACCCACCUCUCAGAAGAAGACUUGCCUGGGCGAUGGAGACAAUUGAGCGUGGAGGACAUUGGGGCGUACUCUUACAGGAACACUGGCAGGCUGUCGCCCUGCAGUUUUUCAGAGCAGUACUACAGCAGCCCUAUUAAGAAGGGAGACAGCCGAACAAGCCCCAUCUACGCUAGUUACAAAGCAGAUAGCUGCUCAGAGGGAGACGAUAUCUGCCAAAGCAGACUCGUGGAUUCUUGCUUCCUGAGAACAGACAGUGGCCUGAAUAUUGACAUCAGCACUAGCUGUAAACAGGACAAAUUGCCAGCUUACAAAACAAAAGAAUCAAGAGACCAAAAAAAUGAAAGGAUCACCGUCCAGUUAUGCAGUAGCAAAAACAUCGAAAAUAGCCCGGUAUUGAAAAGGGAAUACGUGGACGUGAGCCCCAACAGCUCAGCAGAGUCCCUCAACCAGAGUUCAAUGGAGGCUUCAGAAAUCCACCAGUCUUCCAUGGAGCAAGGAAGCCAUUCGGGUAUUCACAGCAAACAGCAGCAGUUUCAACGGACUGGGAGUACUGGUUUGAGUCGGAAGGACAGCCUUACAAAAGCACAAUUAUACGGAACCCUUCUGAACUAG